AUGCCGAACUGGGUAUCUGUGUCCUCCACCUCAUCUGAUGAUACCACAUACACGAGUGUUUCCAGAAUUUCGAGAAGCUCGGCCGCAAGCACAUUCCAGGAACUCGAAGUGACCACAUACGACUACACGCAGUUAUUUGUGGUCACUGAUUCUGACACCACGUUCACGACUCACGUCCACCUCACCACACAAGCCACAUUCACCCCUACAUCUUCCUUUUCUAUAUCGAGCGCAAUUAUUACAACAGACGCCAACGCUUUUAGCAAGUUUCUCGGCCUUCAUCGUGCCUCUGCUCACCAUUCUGUCCUCUCCACGGGAGCAAAGGCGGGUAUUGGGGUAGGUGUGGCGAUUGGAUUCCUUUUGGCCAUGGGCUUUGUGGUACUCUCUCUGUACCGUAGGAAAAAGAAAAAGGAAGCUUUUGGCGGAGAAGACGUCUGGGAUGCGGUGCCGAAUGGUUCUAUCCGCAAUGAUCACGAAAUGCAGACGGCCCCUCUCCCACCUCCGCCACGAAAGAGAGUCGUUGCUGCCUUGGAAGCCACGCCGCGCGAGCGACUAAUCGACGUGCUUCACGAGAACUCUCAGGAAAGUCUUGACCAGCAGCAAGAACAGCGGACAGGUACCAACACGACACCAAAGCGCUACGACUCCCACAUUCGGAACCUGACCAAGUUCAGAGAGACCAGCAUUCAGGACGUUGGAGACACCCUGGGCUCUUUUGCCCUGCGCAAUGGCCAGCUCAGGCCCCAGACGUGGUGGUCGGACAUUGACAGCAGCGAAGAUAGCACUUUAAGCGGAAGCACAGCGAGCGGAAGCGUAGAGUCUGUUUAG